UUGCAAUGAAACACCCAGAACAUUGUGACAACCUUCAGUAAGCAGACAGAGGAAAAAAUCAAUUCCUGUUGAACAUUGCAAGGACAAAACAUGAGUGGAUGUCCAUUUUUGGGAGGAACGCUUCAUAACCCCAGGCAGGCGGAGGAAGAGGAUGGAUCCCAAGGAGGCGUCAACAAAGCCGCUAAAGGAGGAAUCAUCUACGGAGACUAUUUACAGCUUGACAAGGUGCUGAAUGCUCAAGUUUUGCAGAGUGAACAAAAAGGCAACAAAAUCCAUGAUGAGCAUCUCUUCAUCGUUACUCACCAAGCGUACGAGUUGUGGUUUAAGCAGAUAUUGUGGGAGCUUGAUUCAGUUCGUGACCUGUUCAUUAAAAAACAUGUUCGGGAUGAGAGAAACAUGCUGAAGGUGGUGAGCAGAAUCCACAGGAUAACCAUGAUCUUCAAGCUGCUGGUAGAUCAGUUUGCUGUACUGGAGACUAUGACUGCUCUGGACUUCUUUGAUUUCAGGGAGUAUCUGUCUCCAGCCUCGGGCUUCCAGAGUCUUCAGUUCCGUCUUCUGGAGCAAAAGAUUGGUGUAGCGGAUCAUUUAAGAGUCCCGUACAAUCGCAGACACUACAGAGACAACUUUCAUGGAGAGGAGAGCGAGACGCUGCUGAGUUCAGAGCAGGAACCCACUCUCCUUCAGCUGGUGGAGCAAUGGCUGGAGAGGACACCUGGACUUGAAAAAGAUGGCUUUAAUUUCUGGGGGAAACUGCAGGCUAACAUCGAAGAGGGUCUCAAGAGGGAGAAGCACCAAGUGGAAAAAAUGGAAGAUACUGAGGUGAAGCAAGAGGUUCUGGAGGAUCUAAACAAACAGAUGGAGACCUUUACUGCCCUGUUUGACUCUAAACGCCACGAGCAUCUGUUAAGCAAAGGUGAACGGAGACUUUCUUACAAGGCUCUUCAGGGAGCUCUAAUGAUCAAUUUCUACAGGGAAGAGCCUCGAUUCCAGGUACCUUUCCAGCUCCUGACUGCGCUGAUGGAGAUCGAUACACUCAUGACCAAGUGGAGAUAUAACCACGUGUGUAUGGUGCACAGAAUGAUUGGCAGUAAAGCAGGAACGGGGGGAUCUUCAGGAUACCAUUACUUGCGCUCAACUGUCAGUGACCGUUACAAAGUGUUUGUGGAUUUGUUCAACCUCGCCACUUUCCUGGUUCCUCGUUCCUGGGUGCCCAAACUCAACCCAAACAUCCAUAAGUUCCCGUACACUGCCGAGUGUUACGACAGCUCGUACAAUUCAUGCAGCAGCGAGGAUUCCGAUUAGAAACAUCAGACCUGUUUGUUUGUGAAUAAUGUUAAAGAAUCCGGGAUUAAUGCCAGAUAUUGAUACUCCUGUAUUGAUCAGCCAAAGUUUGUGCUUUUUGGACUAUUUACUUGUUUGAUUGAAGAGACUGAAAGUUUUUUUCCACCUUAUAUAAACGCAAAGAUUUAUUAUAAAGUAAUUGUGCACAUAUUAAAAAUCUAAAGGAGUUCUCUACAUACUAUUUAUAUUUUAAACAUAUAUGUAAAAUAUAAGUCUUUUGUACUAAGAAUAUAUUUUUGAAUGAGGCACAUGAUGUAGGUUUCUCUGGUUGUUUGUAAAUAUAUGAUACACUCUACUGGGUAUGUAUAGUAUAUAUCCUAAUAUAAAAUGUCAUUUAGACUGUACAGACAAGUGAUGAUACUAUGUUCCAUAUUAUUAAACAAAAUCUUUUUUUGUCUUUACUAUAUGCUUCUUACAAAAAUAAAUGCUAAACUCUUUCCUGAAUUUUCUCU